GCGGAUGCUCUGGCUGUCGAUGAGCCGGGCUCCUCUUCAGGCGCUCCUGCCAUGCAAGAUGAGCCAGGCAGAGGCCCGCGGUGACCUGUCCUACGACUGCCAUUAAAAAAAAUAACAAAUAAUAAUAAAAAAAGCAAGCCAGCCAGCCCCUCACGCAGGAGAUCCUUGGUUAUUUUACCCAAGUUAAGUGACAGAAAUGUAUGUUAAAGAAAAGAAAAUCACCCUUGGGUCUUUGCUAUUCAUAUCUGUGUGAAAGACUCAAGGAUGCUCCAUGAAAAUACAUCGGCUGAUUGCUUAGACACAGAAACAACAGGUACUGAAGAUGGAGCUUUCCAAAGAAAAGGCCAUAGUACAAGAAUCCUUCUCCCAGAAGAGGUUGAGAGACUGGCAAAAGAUCAGGUUUUGGUGUCUGAGUUCAAGCAACUGAAACUGGAAAAAGAGGCACAGAAGAAUUGGGAUCUGUUUUACAAAAGAAACAGCACCAACUUCUUUAAAGACAGACAUUGGACAACCAGAGAGUUUGAAGAGUUAAAAGCAUGUCGGGAGUUUGCAGAUCAGAAACUGACCAUUCUGGAAGCUGGCUGUGGGGUUGGGAACUGCUUGUUUCCGCUCUUAGAAGAAGAUCGGAAUAUUUUUGUGUAUGCCUGUGAUUUUUCUCCUAGAGCUGUGGAGUAUGUGAAGAAAAAUUCCUUAUACAGCACUGAAAGAUGCAAAGUGUUCCAGUGUGAUCUUACCAAAGAUGAUCUUCUAGAAAAUAUACCAGCAGAUUCCGUGGAUGUUGUCACUCUUAUAUUUGUUCUUUCUGCAGUUCAUCCUGACAAAAUGCAUCUUGUCUUGAAGAACAUUUACAAAGUAUUAAAACCAGGCAAGUGUGUCUUGUUCAGAGACUACGGACUGUAUGAUCAUGCAAUGCUCAGAUUUAAAUCUGGCAGCAAACUUGGAGAAAACUUCUAUGUUAGACAAGAUGGGACAAGAUCAUAUUUUUUUACUGAAGAGUUCUUGUCUCAGCUCUUCAAGGCUGAGGGAUAUGAGCAAGUGGUCAAUGAAUACGUGCACCGAGAAACUGUGAAUAGGAAAGAAGACUUGCGUGUUCCAAGAGUUUUUCUUCAAAGCAAAUUUCAAAAGCCUUUCAGUAAGACGGAAGUUCUUGCUGAUUAGCAAUAGCGUUGCCAAUAGCAUGUAGUUUUUCCUUGUGCAUGCUCAUCUGUUUGGUAAACCAGAAAUGACUGUAUCCAGGAACUCUUGGUGGAUUUUGCCCUCAGAUAUGAAAUACGAAUGUUAAUUCUAAUUAAAAUUUAAGAGGUUUUGCAAAUCAGGAAACCUGCUGAGUAUCUUGUUUUUAAAGUAAAUCCUAUGCAGCAUUGUUGGAGGAUCAGGUAAAACAGACUAAACAUUUUUUAACUCUAAGCUCUAGUUUUUAUUAUUUACUGGUACAAUUGUUAUUUCCAUUUUUAUUAAAAAUGAUUUUAAAAUAAAUAUCUUUUGUUUCCUAU